AUGCCCAGCAUCAGCAAAUUAUUCGAUUUAAUUACAGUGACUUCAGAAAGACGUCCAACAAUAACACAAUGCACGUCCGUUCUUGCUAAUAUUGAAAGAACUGGGCAGAAGAGAGAGCUCUACCGCUUUAUAAUAGAUUCAUCUGAACCAAACUCCACAAGAGUAGAUACGCUAUGGCUUAAUCAAAAGGAUUACAAUUACAUUAACGUCACAUUUGCCGCCUUUUAUACAGGACCGGAGAAUAUAGCACUUCCAGAAUAUGUCAAAGGGUUCAAAUUUGGAAUAACGUCAGGGAAAAUUCAGAUUGGAUUAUCGAAAGUUGAUAGAAAAAAUCAGAACAAACCCUUUGUGAGCCAAAAUGAGACCAAAAAUUGUCGUUUCCAACCUGGAUCACUUAAUCCAAAUGAUGAUGUUUUUCAUUGCAACUUCACGGAUGAAAAUUUUGACUGGCUAUUCGAAAACGGAGACAAUUUAACGUUAACUGUUAUUGCUGAACACGGAGGGUAUCGAGAACUCGAAGGACCAGGAACUCAGUUACAGAAGGAUCCCUUCAUUGGCCAAAGUACAACAAAAUCAACAAUGUUUCGUUUUGACUUCAAGAAACCGCGUCAUUGCCUUCAAGAGAGAGACUGCGCAGAAAAAGCCUUAGAUGUAACAGAAGACAUAACAAAGUCCCCGAUAACAUUUACUUGGAACAAAUGGAACGAUGAUCUCUCAGGACUAAAAGAAUACAAACUGCAAGUUUAUUUGCUAAAACCGAAUACAACAUACCUUACAGAGCCCUACCCGUGGAACCCACUUGAAGAGAUUGUCAUUAACGACACCAAUGUAAAUGUUUGGUAUUAUAUCCCCCCAAUGGCAGGGAUGUAUUCGUUUAUUUUAAACGUGAUAGACAAUGCCAACAACACACAGUACGCUCGCACCUUGGUCUUGUAUGAUCCUUCAUCAAGCGUCACUCUGUCGACUUCACCGUUCAUUGCCACAAGUGCUGAACCAGAGACGAACUACAUGUGGCAAAAUAAUCUCAAAAAUAACAUUACAGUAUCAUGGAAGGGACGCUUUGAAAACAAAUUUCACGAUACAAAUAAACUUCUGAAUCAGGUUUCACAUUAUCAACAUUUUGAUCAUAUGAUAAAAUACGAAAAGCAUGUCCCACAACAACUUGAUGAUAAGACGGGGAAUAGAACGCUGGAACGUAUACCAAAUAUUCGUGGUAUAGUGAAAUUUGACUAUUUCUAUAGGAAUGGAAACCAGGGCAACAGGACGCCCACGUCAUGGGUUCCAGUAGGAAAUAUAUCUUCAGAAAGCCAAACAUUCUUUAUGGACCGACAAGAUGGAAAUGCAAUAAAUUUCUGGGUCAGAGCAACCGACGUCAUGGGGAAUGAAAAAGUAGACAUGACAAAAAUAUUCUUCGAUUCCACUCCACCAAAUGAACUGGCAGACUCAGAUGUUAGAUUCACACUUAACAUUAAAUCACCUACGUACGCUUUUUCGAGUCGAUUACAGGUAGAUGCGCAUGAUAGAAAUAGCGGAAUUUAUAAAGUCCACUUGGAUCUACUAGGAUACAGCAGCAACGAAUUAUUCCAUGGAACUGAUAUAAAAGGGAAUAAAUCUGAUGUUGAUGCUGGAAUAAAAGUAUACCAGAUAGGGACGGGAGAUUUCUAUUAUUUUAGUCAUUACAUUGACAUCAACAAUUGUUGGAUGGUGCUGUCGAAGGAAAAAUUCGCAAAUGAGUUUGUUUUGUUACAUUUGACUGUAUAUAACAACGCAAUGAAAACUACCCGUUAUAGUAAGACGAUUACAGAUUUAGUUUCACUUGACGGCAUAGAUGAGUACACUGGCCCUAAAAAUUUGACUGUGUUAGAAACCUACGACCACAGUGUUCGUCUGAAAUGGAUCGUAUCUCCAUCUUGCUACAAAAGGUCCAGGAUCGUCCUACAGUUCCGCUCAUCUAAUGGCCGAACAGAGAACCGAUUUAUCGACAAGGACGCAGACUGGGUGGAUCUGACAGGACUGAAUCCAGAAACAAGUUAUAACCUGUCUUUUAUCACAGAGUAUGGAAGACAAAAAAGUGAUCCCGUGUUUCUGCACUUCAGAACUAACAAACUACGACCAGCCUCUGAACCGACAAGUACAGCUGCAACGGACACAAUGGAAACAACAAAGUUUUUAUUUUUAUGUUACGCCGUAUGUUAUCUACAGCUUUAAGUACGUCCGAGACGGAUAAAGUCACCGCCUCCUCUCUGAUGACAACUCCUUCACUCCCCGGUAUCUGUAAACACGACGACGUAACACCACAAGCCACAUCUGACAUUACAAACACUUCCCCUCUCAAGUCGCAAGAACGGAAAACGACCCAUUUAACCACGUACGAACGAACUAAGACCACCUCGCCUACCCCCUCCCUCAUCACACACAGCGACACGACUUUCCUAAAUACACCCCCUUCCCCCAAUACCUACGAAGACGGGAAAAUCAACAGUACAUCCUCCUCCCACAUUACAUCACCCGACGCUACGGACGCUUCAACGAGGGACACGACCCGUAGUACCAAUGAGAGUUCGGACAAGGGUAUCAGAAAUGGACUUGACUAUUUAUUCAUUACUUUCCUUGUACAUUUAUUAGUUGUUUUGUUUUGAACAUAGUUUAUUGAUUGAAUUGAACAUAUUUUAUUGACAGAGUCAAAAGGAUCUGAAUAACUAGAUAUACAAUAUAAUGUCAUGCAUCAUUUGGAGAAUCUACAAUGUUUCGUCAAUAAAUUUAUGAA